CGUUCUACUAUAACUGAAAACCCGCCAUCAUCUUCACACUGCCUUUCCAUGGCAACUCUAAGCUUCAAUUCCACACGAAUCAAAUCCCCAUCUCUCCAAUCCCACAAACCCUUCUCCAAAUCCCACUUUUCCACAAAACCCAACAACGUACCAUUCCUUUUUCCAUCUAAAACCCACCCACAGCUCCACCAUUUUAAACCAAAUUCCAUAUCCGAAAGCUCAGUGUCAGUGCCUGAAGAAGCUUUUGAUGACGCUGAAGAAGACGACCCAACUUCAGAAUUGAGCUACCUUGACUCAGAGACCGAUCCCUCGAGUGUUACAGAGUGGGAGCUGGAUUUUUGCUCAAGGCCGAUUCUAGAUAUUAGAGGCAAGAAGAUAUGGGAACUGGUAGUGUGUGACAGUUCGCUUUCCCUUCAAUAUACCAAGUACUUUCCCAACAAUGUUAUCAAUAGUGUUACUUUAAAAGAUGCUAUGGAAACCAUAAGUGAGGAUUUAGGUGUCCCUUUGCCAGAAAAAGUCCGCUUCUUCAGGUCACAAAUGCAAACCAUAAUUACAAAGUCAUGUAAAGAGCUUGGUAUAAAGCCUGUUCCGAGUAAACGGUGUCUGUCACUGCUUCUUUGGUUGGAAGAACGUUAUGAGACUAUAUACAUGCGCCAUCCUGGUUUUCAAAAAGGUUCCAAGCCACUUUUGGCAUUAGAUAACCCUUUCCCAAUGGAACUUCCAAAGAACUUAUUUGGAGAAAAAUGGGCAUUUGUCCAGUUACCUUUUUCAGCUAUUCGAGAGGAGAUUUCGUCGUUGGAUGAAAGGUUCGUGUUUGGUGCUGGUUUAGAUUUGGAUUUGCUGGGAAUUGAAGUUGAUGAGAAUACAUUGAUUCCAGGACUUGCAGUGGCUUCUUCACGUGCAAAACCAUUGGCAGCUUGGAUGAAUGGAUUGGAAGUGUGUUCAGUAGAGGCUGAUACCAGUCGCGGUUGCUUGAUCCUAUCCGUUGGAAUAUCUACUCGUUACGUUUAUGCAACCUAUAAGAAAACUCCGACAACUACAAGUGAAGCUGAAGCUUGGGAAGCAGCAAAGAAGGCAUGUGGAGGAUUACAUUUCCUUGCUAUCCAAGAGGACUUGGACUCUGAUGAUUGUGUAGGUUUCUGGCUCUUGUUGGACUUGCCCCCACCCCCUGUAUAAUUAUUAUCAAUUUGAAGAAAUAAAUAUGAAUACUUAUAUUUUGAUUCUAAACUUCAAAAAAUGUUUUGCUGAUUAUUGAUUCCAAGUAUUAUAACCAAUUAGUUCUUUUUUCAA